AUGCCGUCUGCUGUGAAACCUCCCCAGACCCUGUACGACAAGGUCUUCGAAGACCAUAUUGUCGAAGAGAAGGAAGAUGGCACUAUUCUUCUCUACAUUGACAGACAUCUUGUCCAUGAAGUGACAUCACCGCAAGCAUUUGAAGGCCUCCGCAAUGCUGGCCGCAGAGUACGAAGACCAGACUGCACUCUCGCCACCGUAGAUCACAACAUCCCCACCGCAUCACGGAAAAAUCUCACCACAACCGAGAAUUUCAUCGAAGAGACCGACUCCCGGUUACAAUGCAUGACCCUCGAAGAGAACGUCAAGGCCUUUGACCUUACAUACUUUGGUCUUGACGACAAGAGGCAAGGUAUCGUGCACAUUAUCGGGCCCGAACAGGGCUUUACGCUGCCCGGAACGACCGUAGUAUGCGGUGACAGUCACACUUCGACACACGGAGCCUUUGGUGCUCUCGCAUUCGGUAUCGGAACGAGUGAGGUCGAGCACGUCCUUGCCACACAGACAAUCAUCACUCAACGGAGUAAGAACAUGAAGGUUCAGGUUGAUGGCGAACUAGGACCUGGUGUUGGCAGCAAGGACAUCAUCCUACACGUCAUUGGCAAGAUCGGCACUGCUGGAGGUACUGGUGCAGUCAUCGAAUUCUGCGGUUCGGCUAUCCGCGGCUUGAGCAUGGAGGCGCGCAUGUCGAUAUGCAACAUGUCUAUCGAGGGUGGCGCAAGAGCCGGUAUGAUCGCGCCCGACCAAAUCACAAUCGACUACCUCAAGGGAAAGCCGCUUGCGCCAAAGCCCGACAGCCCGGAGUGGAAGAAGGCAUGCAGCUACUGGCUGGGUCUGAAAUCGGACGAGGGUGCCGAGUACGACAUCGAGGUCUUGAUUGACGCAAAGGACAUUGCGCCAACAGUCUCAUGGGGCACUUCACCUCAAGAUGUCAUCCCAAUCACCGGCGUAGUACCCGGACCUGACGACUUCGAAGAUGAAGUCAAGAAAUCGGCGUGUGAGCGCGCACUCAAGUACAUGGGCCUGACUGCUGGCACACCGAUGCAGGAGAUUCCAUUAGACAAGAUCUUUAUUGGAUCGUGUACGAACGCUCGUAUUGAGGAUCUGCGAUCUGCUGCGUCAAUCGUAGAAGGCAAGAAGGUCGCCUCCAACAUCAAACGUGCCAUGAUUGUACCUGGAUCUGGCCUUGUGAAGAGGCAGGCGGAAGCUGAAGGUCUUGACAAGAUCUUCACUGAGGCCGGUUUUGAAUGGAGAGAAGCUGGAUGCUCCAUGUGCCUGGGAAUGAACCCCGAUAUCCUUUCUCCUGGCGAGCGAUGCGCGUCAACUUCAAACCGUAACUUUGAAGGUCGACAAGGUGCUGGUGGCCGAACCCAUCUGAUGUCGCCUGCCAUGGCUGCCGCUGCUGCUAUCGUUGGAAACUUGGCCGACGUACGAAAACUCGCACCGCAAACUCCAGGGCAGACCAAGGGAUCCCCAAAGAUCGAGGUAGAUGCGCAGGUCGAGGCACCUAGCAGUGAUGAGGAGAUGGAGAAGAUUAUGGACCUUCCAAGCUCCGCACCACAGCACACUGCCUCAAACACUAGCAGCACAGGAGGGGCCUCUGCUGGCAUGCCCAAGUUUGAGACCCUCCGUGGAUACGCCGCACCGAUGGACAUUGCAAACAUCGACACUGACGCCAUCAUUCCCAAGCAGUUCCUCAAGACCAUCAAACGCUCCGGUCUCGGCUCGGCCCUUUUCCACGCCUGGCGGUACGAAGCCGGCACCGACAAGGAGGACCCCUCGUUCGUUCUAAACAAGGAACCCUACCGCAACUCCAAGAUUCUAGUCUGCACAGGACCAAACUUUGGCUGCGGUUCAAGUCGUGAACACGCGCCUUGGGCCCUCCUCGACUUUGGCAUCAAGUGCAUCAUCGCCCCCUCCUUUGGCGACAUCUUCUUCAACAACACAUUCAAGAACGGUAUGUUGCCCAUCCGCAUCACCGACGCAGCUACUCUGCAACGCGUUGCCGACGAAGCGCUUGCUGGAAAGGAAAUCGAAGUCGACCUCCCCAACCAGAUCAUCCGGUCCGCUGAUGGCACCGAGCUGGCCAAGUUUGACGUCGAGGAGUUCAGGAAACACUGCCUUGUCAAUGGACUUGACGAUAUCGGUCUUACCAUGGCGAAUGUCGAGAAGAUUGAGAAGCAUGAGCAGAAGCGUACGGCGGUUUGGCCUUGGCUGGAUGGCAGUGGUUACUUGAAGAGGCAUGGACGGGGUCCGGUUAAGAUACAGGCGCAGCCCGUGCCCAAGACGAACCGGGGAGAGGAGAUCAAGGAGCCGUUGGAGUGGUAG